CUGUUGUAUGCCGACAACAGGACUGGGAAAGAUGUGACAAAGGUAUCGGUGGAUCUGUGGAAAAGCUUCGGGCCUUCAAACGUCAGCUGUCCCAGCCUCUCCCUGACCACCACGAGGACCUGCAGGCUGAGCAGAUGCGUUGCAAGGACCUGGAGGGCACCAUCGACGGCUGGACCGGAGAUUUGUCCCACCUGACCGUCCUAAGGGAGUCCUUGUCGUGUUACAUCAGCGCGGAGGACCUUAGUGUCCUUCAGGAGCGUAUGGAGCUGCUGCAUCGCAUGUGGGAGGAAAUCUGCCACCAGAUGUCGUCGCGCGCGCAGCAGGUGAGCGACAAGCUCAACGAGUGGAACGUCUUCAGCGAGAAGUACAAGGAGCUGUGCGAGUGGCUCACCAGCAUGGAGGGAAAGGUGUCGCAAAACGGAGACGUCAGCAUCGAGGAGAUGAUCGAGCGGCUGCGCAAGGACUACCAGGAGGAGAUCUCUGUGGCCGAGGAGAACAAGCUGCACCUCCACCAGCUGGGGGAGCGUCUGGCACGGGCCAGCCACCGGGGAAAAGCUGUAGAAAUCGAACACAAGCUGACUAAAGUCAACGACCGCUGGCAGCACCUCCUGGAUCUCAUUGCAGCCAGGGUGAAGAAGCUGAGAGAGACUCUGGUGGCCGUGCAGCAGCUGGACAAGAACAUGAGCAGCCUGCGUUCCUGGCUGGCCCACAUCGAGACCGAGCUGUCUCAGCCCAUGGCCUACGACGCCUGCGACUUUCAGGACAUUCAGCGCAAACUGGAUCAGCAGCAGGAGCUGCAGAGCGACAUCGAGAAGCACAGCACGGGCGUGGCGUCCGUGCUCAAUCUGUGCGAGGUGCUCCUGCACGACUGCGACGCCUGCGCCACCGACGCCGAGUGCGAGUCCAUCCAGCAGGCCACGCGCAGCCUGGACCGCCGCUGGAGGAGCAUCUGCGCCUCGUCCAUGGAGAGGAGACUCAAGAUCGAGGAAACGUGGCGUUUGUGGCAGAAGUUCCUGGAGGACUUUUCACGCUUCGAGGAGUGGCUGGCCACCUCCGAGAAGACGGCGGCUCUGCCAAACUCCUCUGGGGUUUUGUACACCAUAGCCAAGGAGGAACUGAAGAAGUUUGAGUCCUUCCAGAGGCAAGUCCAUGAAAGCCUGACCCAGCUGGAGUUGAUCAACAAGCAGUACCGCCGCCUGGCCAGAGAGAACCGCACGGACGCGUCCUGCCACCUGAAGGAGAUGGCACACGGCGCCAACCAGCGGUGGGACAACCUGCAGAAGAGGGUGGCGUCCGUCCUGCGCAGGCUCAAGCACUUCAUCAGCCAGAGGGAGGAGUUUGAGACGGCACGGGACGCCAUCUUGGUGUGGCUGACCGAGAUGGACUUGCAGCUCACCAACAUCGAGCACUUCUCCGAGUGCGACAUCCAGGCCAAGAUCAAGCAGCUCAAGUCGUUCCAGCAGGAGAUCUCGCUGACCACCGCCAAGAUCGAGCGCAUCUUCCACCAGGGCGAGGCUCUGCUGGAGAAGAGCGAGCCUCUGGAUGCCGCCGUGAUCGAGGAGGAGCUGGAGGAGCUGCAGCGUUACUGUCAGGAGGUGUUUGGUCGAGUGGAGCGCUACUACAAGAAGCUCAUUCGCCUCCCUCUGGCAGAGGACGAUACCGAGGUGUCGCUCUCGGACCGUGAACUGGAGCUGGACGAGCCCGGGGACUUGUCCGGCCUGCCGUGGAGCGAGCGCUUGGGCGACGGCUUCUUGUCCCCGCUGGCCUCCUCGGGACGCUCGGCCUCUCUGGCGGCGGCCCAGCUCAGGACGGAGCGCUCGGGCAGAGACACCCCGGCCAGCGUGGACUCCAUCCCGCUGGAGUGGGACCACGACUACGACCUGAGCCGUGGGCUGGAGAGCGCCAGCAGGGCCCUCAGGGAGCAGCAGAGCGAGGAGGCAGACUUCCUCCCGCGGCCCUCCUCUGCCUUAUCAGAUGUAGUGAUCCCAGAGAGCCAGGAGGCCUUUGUUAGACUAACAGAGCAAACGCUGAGGUCCUCGGCUGGGGAGGUGGCCUCAACGGACUCCAACGUCCCCCUGCUGGACGCUGGACACAGCUACGCGCCCGCCGCCGUGGACCUGGAUGCCUCUUACAUGGGCUACAUGAGGCUGCUGGGCGAGUGCCGAGGCAACAUCAACACGGUGAAGAGGAUGGGCUACGAGCUCAAAGAGGAAGAGGACACCGCGUCCGGACUGGCCAAUCCCAGCAUCUCCGAGUCCCAAACAUCUGGUGUGAUCGAACGCUGGGAGCUCCUGCAGGCUCAGGACCUCAGCAAGGAGAUCCGCACCAAGCAGAACCAGCAGCAGUGGCAGCAGCUCAACUCGGACCUGAGCAACAUUUGCGCCUGGCUGAGGGAGAAGGCCGACGAGCUGGAGCAGCAGCGGAGGCUGGACCUCGGCACCGACAUCCAGACCAUCGAGUUUCGCAUCAAAAAGCUCAAGGAGCUGCAGAGGGCCUGGGACAAGCGCAAGGGGGUGGUGAUGUCCAUCAACCUGUGCAGCACAGACUUCCUGCACUCGGACACAGGAGAGUCCAAAGAGCUGCAGGUCAAGCUGAAAGACAUGAACAACCACUGGGACAAACUGGCGGCCUCGCUGGACCAGUGGAGGUCUUCACUGCAGGGAGCUCUCAUGCAGUGUCAGGACUUCCAUGAGAUGAGUCACGGUCUGCUGCUGUGGUUGGAAAACAUCGACCGCAGGCGUAACGAAGUGGUGCCCAUCGACCCCAUCCAGGACAGCGACACUCUCCAGGAGCAUCAUAAAAGUCUCACGCAAAUCCGCCAGGAGCUGCUGGACUCCCAGCUGAAGGUGGCCUCGCUGCAGGACAUGUCGCUCCAGUUGCUGGUCAACUCGCAGGGCGGGGACUGCCUGGAGGCCAAAGAGAAAGUCCACGUCAUCGGCAACCGCCUCAAGCUGCUGCUGAAGGAGGUGACCCGGGACCUGCGCGAGCUGGCCAAGAUCCUGGACAUCACCAGCAGUCAGCAGGAUCUGUCCUCGUGGUCGUCGGCUGACGAUUUGGACACCGGGUCCGGGUCCCUCAGUCCCGCCUCCGGGAGGAGCACUCCGAGUCGGCGGAGAUCGCGGCGGGGCAAAUGUAGUGUGUCACAGCGUGGUGGAGCGCCUGUGAGCAGUCCACAGCACAGCAGGCGUCGCAGCGCCGCUGGGUCCGCUUCCUGCCCUUCUGACCCGCCCUCCUCCUCGUUUGCACGUCGCGUCCUGCGGGUGGCGCUGCCCCUCCAGCUGCUGCUGCUCCUCCUGGUGCUGGUGGCCUUCCUGCUGCCCUUGUCCCAGGAGGACUACUGCACUCAGUCCAACAACUUUGCCCACUCCUUCUACCCCAUGCUCAGCUACACCAACGGGCCGCCGCCCGUCUGACCCUCUCGGCGCGCGGCAAACGGCACGAAUCAAGGUGCAUCCUGGGAAAUGAGGACUUCUAGCAAAGCACCAAAGUAGGCUGUGAUUUCCAUCUUAAUCCUUCAUACAAAUGCUAUUCCAGCACACCUUUUUUUUUUCUUUUUUUUUUUGGUAUUUUUUUUCCGCAUGCUCGUAAUAAUAACCAUAAUUGUCACUGAUGAGAUUAUUUUUAGAGGACGUUUGCUGUUUUAUUUUUGCAACGUAUCAGACAACUCUGACCUAUAUAGAAAGUAUUUUUUUGUAUGUGUGUAAGAGGCGAGGUGUACAUAACGGGUGAAACUGUACGCCAGCAUCUGAAACAAAGAAUGCCAAAUCUUCAUUUUGA